AUGGCGUCGAAUAGGUUACCACAAACACAGCGUCCAUUGCACAUAUCGACUGAUUACUCUGACCGAGGAGAUGGUUCAGACGGAUUACAAUCUGAAGGUUCACCUACAGUCAUUUCUCCUGGCUCUUCGAGAAAUCUUAUACCGCAGCAGCGAGGUUCAGUCGCCUCCAACAUGCGGCCUGGAAAUUAUCGCUCAUCAUUGAUCGCUGAAUCCUCCGAAAUGCUUGUACCGCCAUCACGGCCACGUGGGGCGCGAUCAUAUCAAUAUCUUGAUUCACCAAUAGAUAGUCCAUCUCGAACUUUUUCAGCCAUAUCAUCACGAAGAGGGAGUUUUGAUUCCACGGGAAGCAGAGAGAGUCGGCACGGCCCAUUUGGAUCGCCCUUCGACGAUUCAAGAGCACCAUCAAGAGCUGGGAGUGAUGAUGAUAACCUAAACACCCAGACAGUAUCAGAAAAAUACAAUAUAAUGCCGUCGGCAGGCCUCUUACUAUUUCCUGAAGAUGUGGAAAAAGACGACUGGCUUCAUAAUCCAGAUCCCAGCGAUAAAGAUCGAGACCAAUGUGAUAUCUUUACUAAGCGUGGAAUGGCAAAUCUAGGUGGGUUGAUAUUUAUAUGCUUGGGAGUGCUUGCUUUGUUUGUUGGGUACCCCGUGCUAACCUUCGUGCGCUCAAUUGUUGAUCCGACAUCAGGAGCAUGCGCUGCAAGUCCGAUCUGUCUGUCUGAUAAGAUGGCCCUGCUCAAAAACCAGAGAACUGGUCUAAUUGACCCCGAUACACCCAAAUCUUUCCACUCUAAAACAUCGCACGAUGGCAGGAAGCUUAACCUUGUAUUUUCUGAUGAGUUCAACAAAGACGGGCGCACAUUUUACGACGGUGAUGACGCUUACUUUGAAGCAGUAGAUAUUUGGUACGGUGUAACACAGGACCUCGAAUGGUAUGAUCCAGAUGCAGUCAGUACAGCCAACGGAACGCUUAACCUAAGAUUUGAUGCUUUCCAAAGUCACAACCUCAACUAUCGUUCUGGUAUGGUACAGUCUUGGAACAAACUAUGUUUUAAGGGAGGCCGAUUAGAAGCCAGUAUUUCUCUUCCUGGGAGAGGUGAUAUUCAAGGCUUUUGGCCAGGUUUCUGGGCAAUGGGAAACUUGGGAAGGCCAGGGUACCCCGCAACCACAGACGGAACAUGGCCUUACAGUUAUUGGGAUAAAUGUGACGCAGGUAUUACCCCAAAUCAGAGCCAAUCUGAUGGUAUCAACCUAUUGCCAGGCAUGAGGUUACCCGCCUGCACCUGUUCUCACGAAGAUCACCCUUCGCCCGGAAAGUCUAGAUCCUCCCCCGAAAUUGAUGCUCUCGAGGCUAGCAGUGGCUUCCUCGGUCCAGGAGAAUAUGGAGGCGCCACAGGCGUGGCUUCGCAGUCAUUCCAAGCUGCUCCUUUUGACAUAUUCUACCAACCCGACUACCAGUAUAUUGAGAUCUAUGAUCACAACGUGACUGGUAUGAAUGUUUAUCGUGGUGGACCCUACCAGGAAGCUUUAUCAGGCGUGACGUGGCUUAAUAACGAUUGGUACGAUGGAAAUGGGUACCAAGUUUAUGGCUUCGAAUACACCCCUGGCUCAAAAGGGGACGUGAGCUGGUUUGUUGGUGACGACUACACCUUUAAGAUUGACCCCCGCUCUACUCGACCAAACGGAAACGUUGGGCAGCGAGUUAUUCCAGAAGAGCCUAUGGCAAUCGUAAUGAACUUUGGCAUGUCAAAUAGCUUUGCCACUGUUUUCUUACACAAUCUGGCCCAGCUCAUGCCCGCAACCAUGAGAAUCGAUUACAUUCGUAUCUACCAGGGUGAAGGUGAUGAAUUAACAUGUGACCCAGAAGGCUAUCCUACUACGAAAUAUAUUAAAACUCACCCUGAACCUUACAAGAACCCAAAUCUGACUCUCUGGUCCGAUACAGGCUACAACUGGCCGAAAAAUAGUCUACUCCAUGACUGUACAUGA